GAAUUUGUUUCUGAAUAUGGGCGGAUUAUUGUUCACAAAUCACUGCCACCUUGGGGUGUGGAAAAAGAUAAUUUAUUGGAUUUAUUGGGUCCCCCAGGUUCAAGGUUGAGUGUUACUUUGUACAGGACAAGAUUCUUGGUACAGGAAUCAAUUUCAAUUUGGUAUAUUGAUAUCGUUGAUAAAAUUGUUACCGUACUAUGCAUGUUACUUAACUCCCAAAGCUCUUUUCCAGCCACUAAUAAGACUGAAUUUCAAACUGGUGCCUGUAUUAUCAACUUACUGAGUGUGAACAAGGGCUUGAUUUGUCCAAUAAAUCAAGCAUACAGUGAAACAUGGCCCGUGAAUAUGAUCACCUUUUCAAACUUCUCAUCAUUGGCGACAGUGGUGUCGGCAAAAGCUCCCUGCUUGUACGUUUCGCGGAAAACAUGUUCUCGGGCAACUACAUCACGACCAUUGGGGUGGAUUUCAAGAUACGGACGAUGAACAUCGACGGCCAAAAAGUGAAACUGCAAAUCUGGGAUACUGCUGGCCAGGAGCGGUUCAGAACAAUCACAUCCACGUACUACAGGGGCACUCACGGCGUCAUAGUGGUCUACGACGUCACUAACGGUGACUCGUUCGGCAACGUCAAACGGUGGCUGCACGAGAUCCAGCAGAACUGCGACGUCGUCGACCGAAUACUCGUGGGGAACAAAAACGACAGUCCCGACCGGAAGGUGGUGCUGACCGAGGACGCCCAGCGGUUCUCCGACCAGAUGGGCAUCCGACUCUUUGAGACCAGCGCCAAGGAUAACAUUAACGUGGACGAGAUGUUUGAGGCCAUCACUAGGCAGGUGCUGGAAUCGAAGAAGCGGCAGAAGGAGGAGCAGUCAAACGCUAACAACGACACCAUCAACAUCAGGAGGCAGCACACCAAGUCCAAGAAGAAGUGCUGCUAGCCGCGCCGCCGACAGUCAGCGCCGCCGGUCGGCCGGUCGGCCGCCGCCGUCGUUAGUAGGUACUCAAGUCAUUUUCUCUGGGCGUUAUUGUGGGCUGCGGCUGUCGAUGGGACGGGGCCUGGCGCAGAGGUCAGACCGCCACCGCCGGGUCGGUGGAGGCCGCCGCCGGCGCUGAAGACAGCGGCUCGCCCCGCGGGACCACGCCAGUGACGUGCCAGAGGUCGGGUCGAGCGCGCGCCCGUGCGGCGGGCACCCUGUGUAGAGGCGCGCGGCCCGGGUGGGAUGGCCCGGCCGGAACUCGCUCACAGGGGUGCACUGAGACCCAGUGUGGAGCCGCGCGGUCCUGGGGCGGUGACCCCGCCGGUAAACGCUCACACGGGGAGCGCCGUGCGCCCGUGCAGCGCUCAUGUGAUUGGGAAACGUGCGUGUGCGGUGGAGCGUGUGCGAUGUUUGGCAGGGAUGCGCUCGGCGCCGGGAGAAUGGCGGGACGAACCGCUACUGACCCGGCUUUGAGAUGGUAUUGUUCGCAUCAGCUAAACCGACGGAAAACUGGCCCGUGUGGGCCACCCAGUGUUGGCUCUGCUGAUGCUAUGAGAGGACGAUUGUGUCGGGGUUUACUACUAUUUUUGGACGGUUUCAUAUAUUUUUGCCUAUAGCUGUAUUCGGCAUCCUAUUGCUAUGAACCGUUCAGGCCUAUCGGACAAAGUCUGCUGAACGUGGGGCCAGCGCAGUUGGUGAAUCACACUGUGAAUACGAGUAUGGAAUGGGAACUUCCAUGACGCGGGCUGCCCUACUCGGAGAGUAUCGUGACUUCGAGACGUGUCGAAUUCGCGCCCGGUGGACAUUUAUUACCAUCACGGCGAAUCAUCUAUGUAUCGUACCAAAUUCAAUGACGAGAGAAUCAUGCGGCUUAGUGUAUAUUAUGCAUUUAUGUAUUAUGCAUGUGAAAUAGCUUGCAAUGUGAUUGGAAGGCCAUCAACGGCUGUUGCAUCGUGCGAUGAGUAUAUGAGCGUCUGAGCGGGGCGGGGCGGCAGGUCGUGAACGCUGUCUGCUCUGGCUAAUGGUGAGCCGACCGGGCCCGCCGCCGACCGCCCGCCCCUACCGUUACUAUUUUACCUUGUUUGGUGCUCCAUUCCGAUGCCCGGUGUUUUACCUUCGCUGAACGUGAGUAAAGCAAAUACAUUUUCGAUGAGGAAAAA